GUGAAAUGAUGCAUACAUGAUUUCAGUGGUAAGAUGAUGUGCACUUCGUUCGGUUGCACUGUCAAAGAACCGCAUGAUCUGAUCGCGGAGCUGAAACCCGCUCAUCCCCCGCGUCUGUACGGCUCCGCCGGCUGCGAGACAUGGAGCGUCCGCUUCUCCCCGGACGGAUCUUCUUUUGCCUGGUCGAUGGGAUACGGCAUCGUCAAACUGCUCUCCUGGCCGCUGACAUCCGAAGAUAGUGCCGAAGCUGUAUGCAGUGAAGAGAAGACACUUAACUGCAGGCAGACGGUGUGGGCACUGGCGUUUGGUCCCUGCCUGUCUACCCGAGUGGAUGCUUCACAUCAGAACGGACAUUAUCAUGAGCUACUGCUGGCCAUUGGUCUGAACAACGGCGUGAUCCAAGUGUGGGACGUCUCAACUGGAAAUCUGCGGUUUACUCUAACCGGACAUCAGGCUCCUGUCAGGGAUUUAGUCUUCACUCCAAAUGGAAGUCUCACGCUUGUAUCGGCCUCCCGAGAUAAAACUUUAAGGAUAUGGGACUUGGCGAAGAAAGGCGCCAGUCCCCAUGUGCUGCGGGGUCCAAACUACUGGGUCUUCAGAUGUUCCAUAUCACCUGACAGCAGUGUGAUCGCCUCUGUUUGCAACCUUGACUCUAAGGUGUAUUUGUGGAGCUUGCGGUCCUACACCUUCAUGAGACACCUUACAUACGACCACGAGCGCACCAUGGCAUCAUGUGACUUUUCCCAGGACGGAGCGCUGCUCGCGAUCGCUUCGUAUCAUUCGACCACAGGCUGGUGGCUGGACCUGUGGGACCCCUAUACAGCAGAUCUCCUGACUAGAGUAGAAAACUGUGAGCUGUGUGCUUACAGAAGUGACAAUCUACUGACAUCUCUUAGCUUCUCUCCGGUUGGUCUGCUGCUGGCUUUCAAAGACUACAGGGCGUUACGGAUCUGGGAUAUGGAACAAGAUAAACUAGUCGCAGACACUGAUCACAACCGAGCCAGUGGCGUGUGCUGUGCUUUCCAUCCACAUGGGGGCGUCAUUGCUACAGGGUGCAGAGAUGGACAUGUAAAAUUCUGGAGAGUUCCUCAUCUCGUUCCGAGCCUUAAGCAUCUGUGCCGGAUCACCCUGAGAUUCUCCAUUUCAACCUAUCAGGUGGAGGCUCUUCCCUUGCCGAAAAAAAUCCUGGAAUACCUUACUUACAGGGAUGUUCCAAAGCAAAAGAUCGUAUAUUGUGAAGAACACUGCAGAUGAAAAUAAGUCAUGUUUGUGGGUCAAACUUUGCUUUAAAUGUUGCAUAAUUUUCUAGGAUGCCUAAUUC